AUGAACCAGCUGGAGAAAGAUGGGGGGAAGGACAUGGAAAUGGUGCUAGGACCAGCCAGCCACGUCCCUCUAAACAACAUAAAAUUAAGGUUUUGGCCAUCAUGUGAAGCAAAGGGGCAGCUUGAACGGCAUGAAGGAUUCGUCACCCUAACAAAGGAAAAUGGCACUUUCCAUCGAAAAGUGCUUGCCAAUCUCAUGAUAGAUUGGGAUACUUAUACCUCCUCUGCUUCGUAG